AUGGCAUUUCAAAGACCACAUCCUAAUCAAAUAUCUCGUGGGCCAGCCUCUGAGCGAGAAUCUGAGUUGAAACGAGUUAAUAAAGAACUUCAGGAUGUACUGCAAUCAGAAAUAUUCAUCAACAAAUCUAAUGAAAAAUACAUUCACGAACUAGAGCGUAAAUAUACCAGAUGUGAGAAAGAAAUUCAAUCUCUCAAUAAAGAAUUAGAACGGCUCGAGAAUGCUUCGGGGGAAGAAAAGACAGAGUUGCGAUCAGAAAUAUCUAACCUCAAUAAACAGCUCUCCUAUAAUAAAAAAGAAAUUCGGGCUAAAGAUUCUCACAUUGCUAAUAUAGAGAGGCAGCUACAGGAAUCGGAGGAGCAAAUUCAAAAUCUGAAAGACCGAAUCAAAGUUAUUUCCUCCAAGGACAUGAAGGAUUUAGAUGAUAUUACGAAUCAACGAGAUGAUCGAGAUGCUCAAAUAGUACAAUUACAGAAAGAUAUUAAUGGCUAUAGACAGCAAAAUGUCACUUUGCAAGAUCAAGAGGAACGUCGUCGCUGGUGGGGGAUUGCUCAAAAAUUGGAAAGUGGAAUGCAAAAGCGUAUUAAUGCUUUAUUACUUGAGCUUGCACUUAAUUCUAAAAAUCAGAGGUGUCAAAGACAUGGUAGAGAAUUGCUAGUGUGGGAAGAGCAAUAUAAACUAAAACGACGUACCCUUGAAAUUCGUUAUAAAAUAUCUAUUCACCGGCUAGAACAGGAGUUGCGGAGAUGUCAUCAUGAUAAGGUUUCCUUACAAUUUUGGUAUGGUAGUGUUGUUCCAAGUUAUGAAAAGUGGAAAAAUAAAACCCAACAAAUAUUUGCGCUUCAAGAAUAA